AUGACAGACCACGAGGUGCAAGGAGUGUUGGGCAUGCAGCACUCCGAGAAGCGACAAUGGAGACCCUAUCUGCUUGUUGUUAUGGGGACGAAAGGCAGCCGUGGCAGUGGUGAGUACCAUCCUUUCGCUUUCGAAGAGAACAUGGCUGACUUGGCAUUCAUUCAGUCGGCCGCUAUCAUCAUCAUAGCAGGGGCUAUUCUGGCCGGAUCUGUGCACGUCGCGCAAUUCAUUGUCUUCCGAUUUGUAUCGGGUGCUGGGUAG